UAAAAUGUGCUUUUGUAGGUGUUUCCAUUGUUAGUCAGCAUAAAGGCCAUUUUUAACACCAGCUUGGUUGAAAUUGGUUUAGAGUAGCAAUAACUGAAGUCUGUUUAUAACCGUUGACCUGCAUGACAUUAACAAAACUUGUGUUUGGUUAGUUUGUGUAUAUUUGAUGAUGCAUCUUUUUUUGUUUGUGCCACUGUAUGUGCUUUUUUAAUACUUUAUUUAUUUAGGGGGAAAAAAACAAGAGGAAGAAGAAAAUAAUUACUAAUAAAAAAAAGGGCAGUCCACACGGCCAGACGCCAGCGAGAGCAAAAGUCUCUUCUCCUCCGAGUUUGCCACCUUGUGAACUGCUGACAGGUGCAGCGAGGUAAAGAGACUCACACACCGCAAGGGGCAGGCCAAAACAAGGCACCCACUUCCGUGUCAUGCCGCUGAUGCCCUCCUUAGAGAGGUUGUGUGUGUAACCAUUACAUUCAAAUCGUUUUUCCAACGGGUUUAAUGCUUAGCUGUUACGACUUUUUGGGGAUUUGUUUUACAUUUUUCCCCCUUUCGAAGAAACCCAUUUUAGCCAUCGAAUGGCAUCAUUUGGGCAGCUUCACUGUGCCAACACUGUGAGACUUUGCAUGUUUUUUUGCUGUGGGUGUGCACACCUGACAGGAUUGAACCAGACCAGAAAUACGCACCCUUAACCUUUUUCUGGGUAUGUUUCAGAGAUCAGCUUGGAUUGGGGCCAGCCAGACCCAACACCACCUCUCAUUGUUUCACCCUGCCAGAGACUCUACUGGCUGGGGCAUCACAUGAGCUCCAAAAGAUCGGCAGAACCUAAGUCCGCAAUUUCACUUAUCUUCAAAAUCCUGUUUGCAGGUCAGAGAUAAACUUGGUCGGGCAUGUACCUCCAGGCGCGGGACAUCCCGACAGGUUGGCCAGGAAAGGGUGCCUCUGGUCAGGCAUGACCUGGCGUUUUUUCAGAUUUUAAUGUCUGAACACCUUGAAUGGGAGCCCCUUCUAGGGCCAAACCAGAUGCCACAAUUAGCAGGAUUCUGACACUUUUUGAGGAGCAAAUUUUAAUGUCUGAACACCCUGGAUGGGGCCCCUUUCCAGGCCAAAAAGCAGCUGCCACCUAUAGCGGGAAUCAGAGGCAGAUUUUUUUUUAUGAAAACCCUGGAUGGGGCCUCUUUUCCAUGGCCAAAGUGGCCGCCACCUUAAGCUGGAAUUGAACACUCUUUCUGGGGCAGAUUUUAAUGUCUGAACACCCUGAAUGGGGGCCCCUUUUCCGGGGCCAAAUCAGGCAAUGCAAUUAACAGGAAUUGAACACUUUUUCUGGGGCAGAUUUUAAUGUCUGAACACCCUGGAUGGGACCCCUUUCCAGGGCCAAAGCGACUGCCAACUUUAGCAGGAAUCAGACAAACUUGCUGGGGCAUCACACAAGCUCCAAUCAGCCAGUGGGCAAACAAGGCACAAGAACCAAGUUCAUGUUUUCAUGCGUCGUCAAAAUCUUGUCGGCAGGUCAGAGAUUAACGGGGUCGGGCACGUACCUCCAGGUGCGAGAUAUCCCGACUUGUAGGUGGCCUCCUGUCAGACAUGGCCUGAUGUUUUUGGGCCUGGUUCAACAACUCAACUCAACUCAACAACUCAACUCAGUGAGUGUACUUGCUUCAAUCCGGCUUGAGACCCACCAUCCUCAUAAUGAGAGGUAGACGCACACUAGAAAGAGCCACCAUCCCGAUGCAGACUUAAUCAUUCCAGAGACCCACCAUACCCCAAAAAAGAGCCCAAAUCACUCCAAAUGAGGGUUGGACUCUGAAAAAUCAUUUCCAGACACCAAGGAAGACCCACCAUCCUUAUUCUAUUUGGACUUCCUCCAAACAGUGUAUUUCCUUUACAUUUUCCAGCAUUUUCUCAAGGUACAGUAUAAUGUAUUAAAUGAGUAGACCAUUUCUUCUCCAGUUAUCUUUUUUUAUUUUAGUCACUACUUCAUACCAGAAGCACUGUAUUUUUGGGCAAAUAUAGUUCAAAAGAUUUCUGAGUGUCUUUUAACCCAUUCACACUCUUUGAGUUUUAGGAUUUCUUGUUUAUAUGUAUGUGGUUUUAAUCAUCUUAUUAACGGUCACAGUCACUGCUGGUUUUGCCGUUUAUGUCUACUAGAGGAUUUCCUUUAUCUUUAUCUCCUUGCAUUCCCUAUAUCUUAUCAUCAUAAGUUGUCUUUUUUUUUUUGCAUUUGUAUUUGCUGUCCUUCAGGGAUGAACAGACAUUUUAGUCAAAAAUUCAGUUUUUGGCUCAAAAAAGAAAAAAGGGGGGAAAAUAUGAGCUGAAAAAAGUAUCUACCUCCAGCCGAGUAAUUACAGCGACUUUUAUGCUGGACACAGAAAGCGCAGUGCUAUGAAAUCCAUGUAUUUUAAUAGCCCGAGCCAUGCAAUUGUGGUUAGUUGCUGCACUGACCAAAAUGGAAGAGAUCCAGCAUACGCUAUGGUCAAAGUUCAAAAUAGCUCAAAAUUCUGCUCAUGUAUGCACAUACUUAUAACUGCAUGAACUGCACAUGCUCACCGGAAUAGCAAAGUCUGCUCAAAUGACGUGCCAACACUAGAUUUCCAUGCCAUAUGCUUGAUCCUGCUGCUUGCAUUAGUGCUACUGUGCUGUCAUGGUAAUGGCGGUAAAAUGAUGCAUCUCGACUUGUUCACAGUUAUCAUAAUUUUAGCCAAUUAAAUGUUUUUAAAUAAAACAAUAAAUACUUACUACAAAGCAAUUUUGGUUUUCAGCCAAGUGCAUCCAGAGUUUUGUGUUUCAGACCUAAAUUUUCUCAUUCCUCACAUACCUAGUUUGCUUUGAUGUCUUUGGUUUGUUGGUCUGCUUUGCCUGCUCACCUUGCUUGUUUUUUAUUCAUUUACCCUUGUGAUGCCUUGUUUUUGUUAGCCUGUAUUGCAUUAUUAUCUUGCCAAUAAUAAACUUUGUUUGUGUCCAUAACCCAGAGUUUGGUCUGACAUCAACAGCACUGCACUUUUAAUUUUCACAUCAAGACUGUAAAACAGGAGUAUGGGAGUGCCUGCAUCUCUACUAACAAAUGAGGCAAAGAUAGUGUCUGUGAAGGAGAGAGGAUCUGUCACUCUAAAGCCUGAUGCUGUGAUUCGGAGAGACGAUCAGAUACUGUGGACAUUCGGACCGCAAGAGACUCUUAUUGCUGGAGUCAAUGGAAAUGCCAGAGAGAUCUCCACAGGUGAUGGUGCUGAUGGGAGAUUCAGAGACAGACUGGAGUUGGACCCUAAGAUUGGAUCAAUAACAAUAACAAACACAGCAAGCGAACAUGUUGGAGUCUAUAAACUGAAGAUCAUCAGCAGCACAGGGACCUCAUACCAAACCUUCAUUCUUACUCUCACACAGGAUGUGAUGUCAGUGUCAGAGGGUAGUUCUGUCACUUUAGUCACUGACACUGUAAUACAGAAUGAGGAUCUGAUCCAGUGGAUGUUUGGAGAUGAAGACCGUCUCAUAGCUCAAUUGGAAAAGACCACAGAUACAGUCGUCUUUCCUUAUGAGAUAUUUAAAAGUCUGAACCUUGACAAGAAGACUGGAUCUCUGACCAUCACAAACUUCAAAAACUAUCACUCAGGACUGUACAAACUACAGAUCAGCAACAGUGGCAAGAUAACCUCAAGCAAGACCUUCAAAGUGCUGGUAAACUUCAACAAAGUGUCAGUGAAAGAGGGAAAAUCUGUCACGCUAAAGGUUAAUGGUGAAAUUGGUAAAACAGAUCAGAUACAGUGGCUGUACGAAGAAAACUCUCUUCUAGCUGAAAUCAAGGAAGGGGGCAGAGAGAUCCUUACAUAUGAUACAGCUGAUGGGAGAUUCAAAGGCAAACUGAUGGUGGAUGACAAGACUGGAUCUCUGACCAUCAAGAACACCAGACCCGAACACACUGGACUUUAUACACUAAAGAUCAACAGCAGCACAGAGCCAUCAGAUAAACGGUUCUUUGUUUUAGUCAAAGCGAGUAUGAUAUUAGGAAAGGAGGGAAACAACGUCACUCUGAAUGUCAAUGCUAAACUACAAAGAGAUGAUCUGAUCCUGUGGAUGUUUGGAGACGAAAACAAUCUCAUAGCUCAAAUGAACGGAGAAACAUCAGAGAGCACAUUUACUGAAGCCGACGAGAGAUUCAGAGACAAACUGCUGCUGGACAAGAUGACUGGAUCUCUGACCAUCAGAGACAUCACAAACGAACACUCCGGAGCUUAUAAACUACACAUCAUCAGCAGCAAAAAGCCCAUCUACAGCUCAUUCAGAGUCUUUGUGUUUGGUGAAUCUGGCCCAAACACUGUGUCUGUGAUGGCGGGAGAAAGCUUAAUUUUGAUCACUAAUUUUAAUAUAGCGCAAGGUGAGGAGCCAAAGUGGACAUUUGAUGAAGAUGUGAGGCUAGCAUCUGGAAAGAACGGAGACGUCAGAGAGACUGUAUACGGGGAUGAUAAGAGAUUCAGAGGCAGACUGGAGCUGCAUCAUCAAAGCGCAUCUCUGACUGUGAACAACACCAGAAGCAGCGACUCUGGAGUUUAUCAGCUGACCUUCUGGAAUAGACACAAGAAACACAUUUGCUUGAAAGUCAAUGUUACCAUCUCUGAUGACUCCAGAAACACACUGAAUGAAUCAGUAAAUAUACAGAUGCCACAAUCAAGCAAUCCUGAGUUGAACAGACCUUCCUGAAAACUCAUAAACACUUUGAAAGCUGUAGAUACGUUUUGAAAUCUAUAUGAGACACUGAAAUGCUCUUCUUAGAUGUUUUAUUAUAGUGCAAAUAUCCUAAAAAAUCUUACAUCAAGAAGCAUUUUCUAGACUAGACUUUCUAGUCUUGUUCUAACAAAUAAUUAAAAAUAAUUAAGUGAGUUUUCUUAAAAUAAAAAAUAAAUCUGCCAAUAGUGUAAGCAAAAUAAUCAUGUUUCCUUUUGACAUAAGAUUAUUUAGUUUAUUAUAUUGCUUGUUUUAAGGAAAAACUUCUUUCUUAAACCAAGACAAUCUGUGUUGCUUGUCUAGAAAAUGCUUCUUGAUUUGAGAAUUUUUUAAUAUUUGAACUAGUA